AUGCAAGCAGCAAUCAGGCAAACAUGCUCCUCUUGCRGUGUGUGUUCUCAAUACCUAAGUGAACGGCCCCAGGAACCCAUGCAGUCACAUGCCAUACCGUCUCGGCCAUGGGAAAGAGUGAGUGCAGAUCUGUUUCAGCUAAAUGGCAGUACCUACCUUGUACUUGUGGACCACUACAGUGACUAUAUCGUACUUGAGCCUUUAAAAAACACAUCAGCCGUUGCAGUCAUACGAGCCUUGAAGCGAAACUUCGCACGUCACGGCAUUCCCGACGAAUGCGUGACAGAUAACGGUCCGCAGUUUGUCAGCCACGAAUACGCACGCUUUGCACGUGAAUACGGAUUCACCAGCAUUAGAUCAUCUCCCUACCUGAGUCGAGGAAACGGCAAAGCCGAAUCUGCAGUCAAGAUUGCGAAAAAUAUUCUGAAAAAAUCCCGCUUUGAGGACCCAUAUCUGGCUCUUCUGGCCUAUCGAAACACGUCACAACAGGGAUACCAGUACUCACCAGCACAGCGACUCAUGUCUCGGAAACUUCGAGACAUCAUCCCAACAGCAGCAAGCCAGCUAUUCCCACAAGCCGCAUUAGGACAGGUUACAAUGAGAAACAUCAAAGAAAGGAGAGCCCGAUCAAAAGCCCAUUACGACAAGAGGGCAUCAGGCCCACUGAAACCAUUUGCCCCAAGAGAAAAGGUAUUUCUCGAGCCGCGACCAACAAACAAGUCUCAGCCAUGGAUCUACGGGGAGGUGAUCGAACAACCCACAUCAAGAUCCUGCGUGGUCAAGACGGCAAUGGGACCUAUUCGACGAAGCCAUGCCCAAAUCCGAGAGGCUAGAACGGAGCCAGCUGAAAGACACACCACCGGGAUGGACCAGCUUGAAAUCGCAUCCACACACUCUGAACAGGAGCAGGAAAGACAACCAGCUGACCUUGAGCAAAUGGAGCUAGAGAGCAGACUACCUCGAGGAGAAGGCGGACUUCGCCGUCCACACAUGGAAUCAGAAAGCGCGCCAUCUAGUGCUGAUGAGUGCGGACUCCGCCGUUCACAAAGGACUCGCAAACGGCCGUCGAGGUUCAAGACUAUGUCAUUUCCAAUACAACCUCCUACUGCCUUCAAUUUGACUGCAAACUCUUCUACCAGCAUUGCAGCUUCUUGGCAGCUACCACCAAUCUUUACCAGGCAUGGAAGACACAUAACAGGGUUUAAACUCUUUUACAGAAAGAAGAACUUAGCAGGGUGUUUUUCCUUCUUGAAUAUUACCAGUGGAUCGACAUUAAGCAGACUUGUGACUGGGCUCGAAAAGUACACAGAAUAUAUAUUUCAAGUGUUGGCCUACACAUCUAAGGGUGACGGACUAAAAAGUUCUGUUGAAGUGGAAAGAACAAUGGAAGAUGCUCCUUCGCGACCUCCAUCUAACUUCUAUGUCACUGCAACUUCUUCUACCACUGUUACGGCAUCAUGGCAACUGCCACCAGUAGACUCUAGAAAUGGAAUUAUUAAAGGAUUUAAAGUGUUUUACAAAAGGAAAGACUCUUCAGGGUCAGGAAUUAUCCUUACUAUCAACAGUGAAUCAACUUUCAAGAAAAAUGUUACUGGUCUUAAUAAGUACACAGAAUAUGAAUUUCAAGUGUUGGCCUUUACUUCUGUUGGGGAUGGACCGUAUACCUCUGUGGUUUUUCAGAGAACAAACGAAGAUGUUCCUUCACAGCCUCCUAGUAACUUUACUCUGACUGCAAGCACAUCUACUAGUAUAACAGCAUUCUGGCAGUUACCCCCAGAAGACUCCAGAAAUGGAAACAUUACAGGAUAUAAAUUGUUCUACAAAAAAGGAGGCUCUUCAGGGCCAGCAAGCAUGCAGCCCAUUAACAAUCAGGCAACUCGCAUUCAAGAGGUCUCUGGGCUUGAUAAGUUCACGGAAUAUGAAUUUCAAAUAUUAGCAUUCACUUCUGUUGGGGAUGGACCAACUAGUACAGCUAUUUUUGAGAAAACAAAGGAGGCUGCUCCUUCAGGACCUCCCUCUCAGUUCUACGUCAUUGUAAACUCUUCAACCAGUAUCGCAGCCUCAUGGCAUUUACCACCAGAGGACUCCAGACAUGGCAUCAUCAGAGGAUAUAAACUGUUCUAUAAAAAGAAAGACUCAGGUUUAACAACCUCCCUGACUAUUGACAAUGGAAAAAAGUCAAAAAGUGUCACCAACCUUGAUGAAUACACUGAAUAUGAAUUUCAAGUGUUGGCUUUCACUUCUGCUGGUGAUGGACCAAGAAGCUCCACUGUUUUCACAACAACAAUGGAAGAUGCUCCCAGUGCACCUACGUCUUUGUCGUUUGUUGAUGUGCCACCCAGCAAUUUGCACGGACCCAGAAUAACCUUGUCCUGGAGCAAGCCUACAGAACCAAAUGGAGUUAUUAGACGUUACACUUUGUUUUACAGUCACGAUGGAGGUGUGCCAAAAGAGGAGUCUGGAUUAGACAAAAAUACAUUGAGUCACACAGUUGAUGUGUUGGGUGGAGUGACUUAUCAGUUUCAUGUCAGAGCUGUGACUAUUAGACCUGGACCAAAUGGGACGAUAACUGUAACUACCAGUGAAUACAAGCCCAGUCGUGGACCACAAGAGGUAUCCUCUUCUGCAGUGAACUCCUCAAACAUUAAUAUAACUUGGCUUGGAAUACCAAGAGAAGCAGCCUAUGGUAAUAUCAUAAGAUAUGAAGCUAGGCUCAGUGUGCUGGAAAACUGUACAGGGAUCCAAUCUGCCUAUCAUGCAACCAUUAACACAUCUACAACUUAUGUUCUCGUCACUGGACUCUCUUGGUGUGCCAAGUACGAAGUGUCUGUUCGAGGCUACACUGCUGCGGGGCCUGGACCCUACAGUAGACCAGUAAUUGUGCAGACAUUGGCUGUAGUGUGGUCUAAAGAAACGCUAUCUUCGCCUUAUAUUUCUGCGAAUUUAAGAGGAGGAGGAAUUUCUGCUAAAGUCACGCUUCCACGUUUUCGUGGAAAUGCAAGGUUUUAUCAAGUAAUCGUUAUUACAUUAAGCUCAAACUAUACUGGAGCUGUCAAACCACCGGGAAGAUUUACAACGCAAGACAUGAUGACGUAUGAAGAAGCGCACAAAUCUUCUGUUCCUGCUGCUUAUGUCGCUUUUCAGUUUGAAGGAAAUAGUUUUGAUAAAAAUCAGGAAUUUGUUAUUGGAGAUGGAGCACAGUCCAAUGGUAAAGAAAGGAGUAAGAGAAGUAGUGGUGAUCAGUAUUAUUACAACAAACCACUGCAGCUGAAUACAAACUACAGAGUGUUCCUCAGGGCUUUUGUCUCCGAGACGGUGUAUGUCUCCAGUAACUUCGUAGCCAUUGACAUCAAAGGUAAACCUCUUAUCAAAGGUCUCCCAAAAACAACCAUUACAGCAACUGGCGAACUGGCAGUGUUGACCUGUGAGGUUAUUGGAGAAACUGAAGCUUCUGUUACCUGGACUAAAGAUGGACUUACCAGUAUACCUCACGCUCAGCUCGAGAACAACGGUACUAUACUAAUCAUAAAAGAUGUUGUUCCUGAUGUCAGUGGUGUUUAUGAAUGUAAAGCAAUGAACAAGUUUGGAGAGAGCCGUACAGCUACGACAGUCAUUGUCGCUGGUAGGUAG